AUGGGCUGGGCCUUAACCUCAACUACGUCACCCGUGAGUUGCCUUUUUUGGAAACUCCAGUUUCUCACCUUGAUUUUAUGGUUUCAAGACCUGUUAAACCUUUUUUUCAUCUUUCAACCAUGCCUCGCUGCCCACUUUCACGAUAAUAGGCGAAACAAUCAGCAGCAAGAUGCCGUUUGCGCCAGUUGUGGUCAAACAGAGCAUCGUCGCCGUUCACAUAAAAU